AUGGCGGGCAACGAAAAAGAAAAGAAGAAGGACAAGCACAACAAGCACACCACCUCCAAACCAAAACCAAGCGACAUAACCAAGCUACAGAAGAUGCAACCAAAAACUAGUCAGCUCGCAAUAUGCGCCUCACUAACCACUGUCACAACAACCACAGCCACGUACACGUCUUCACGCUCAAGCCCCAGUAUACGUAAAACGCUCUAUGAAAACUUCAGACCAACAACACCUCCUGAUGAUCAGCUUUUCAGCAGGACAGAAACAGACAAAUUCUUAGCCAACACCCUUAACCCUCAUCUUGGUCAACCCAGCCAAACCAUCUCAACCUCAAGCCAGGAGAGCCAAGGCAGCCAAGACAACCCACCUCAAAGCCAAGAUAUUAUCCCACCAAGCCAACCAACUGUUCUACCAACAAAACAAAACCUCAAGAUAAAAGCAGACCCAUUCACAGGGAAUCUCAAAAAAGACUACGACAUAGCACUAACAUUCCUCAAGCAAUUUACUGCAGAAGAAGUUAACCAAAGAAUGGAAUACAUAAACGGCCAACGAGCUAACUUUUACGACUUAUCCCUAGAAAACUCUUACUUUGCUCAAGCUGUUGAUCUAACAAACCCAAACAAGAACCCAAUCAUUACUGAAAAACCAAUUCAAAUCCCAGCCACCAGAGAAGAAACCAAACCAACCGGAAGUGAACCAGACAGUCCGAUAGAUGUUACUAGCGACUUCCGCCAAAACAUCAGUCUACCUGUAACUGUAAACAUCCCCACCAACAACGCAUACGAGCCAUUAAUGUCUACCAAUAGUGAGGCACCCAGUAGUGAACCUGCCAAGGACACAGCCAGGAACCCAAAUGUACACCAAGUCUUCCAAGACGACCUCUACAAGCCCCAAAAAAUAACUGAGUACCCAGAAAACAAAAAGAAACGAUCACGCACAGGAUCAACCCCAGACAAACAAGAUUCAGUGGCAGACGAUCUGAAAAAACUUAGAAAGAUGGUCGAUGAUGAAAAAGAAAAGGAAAAUAAAAAAGAAAAGCCCCAACUUCGGGUUAAUAUACCGAAAGACCCUCGAACUGAAGCAAGAGACCCCAAGGACGAGAAGCCCCCACCAAUAGUGUUGGAACACGUAGAAAACUACGGCAAAUUGCAAGAAACCCUCCUCAAAAAAAUUGGCUCAGGUAAAUUCGAAGCCAAACCAAGAGGAAGAAGCAUCGUCCUGUACACGGGCACCACAGAAAACUGGCUUAGAUUAAAAACAACUCUACAAGAUGAAAACUAUGAAUUCCACACCUUCAGUCUUACUCAGGAUAGACCGCUACAAUACGAUCUCAAGCCAAUACACCAUUCAGUACCCCUUGAAGAUAUCGCAGAAGAACUCAGAGAACACAACUUCCAACCACUGAACCUCUACAGAAAGGGCAACACUAUAGCCAUUGACCUACCAAACAGAAAGGACCAACUCGAAAUAACUAAACUCACCAGCUUCCUACAUUGCAAAGUCACCGUCACGGAGAGAUCUAGAGCAACAAUUACCAUCUGUUCAAGAUGCUGCAGCUACCAUCACACGCAAAAGAACUGCCACAAUCAAAGAAGGUGCACCCGGUGUGGAGACAACCACCACAGCACUGAAUGCGAAGCGGAAGAACCUCGCUGCCCCAAAUGCAGUGGCCCACAUACCAUCUUUGAAAAGACUCGAUGCAAGGCCUAUAAAGAAGAGGAGGAAAAAAUCAAAAAGAGAAAAACACCGGCAAACACACCAGCAGCUCCAGAAAAAGACAGCAAAUUCUCCUUCGCACAGGCGGUAAAAGGCAUUGCGGCAGACCUCGGACAGUCCCUUAAAGACGUCCUAACAGAUGAACAACCCACUGAAACUAAGAAGCAGGACAACAAAGGUGAAAGUCAAGGACUUCUAGCCUUCCUCAUGGAUUUCCUAAAAACAGAAAUCCUACCUGGAAUAUUCACAGAAAUCAAAAACUGGAUAUUAACCACUGGCUUGCAAUGGAUCAAAGAAUUAAUACCAUCUCUUCUAAAAAUGAUCCUCCAAUGA